AUGAAUCUUAUAAGUUGGAACUGUCGGGGGCUUGGGAACCAACGUGCAGUUGAUGUCCUCUCUCACUUGGUGAGGGAAAAAGCUCCCAAGGUUUUGUUUUUGAUGGAAACAAAACGAACUGUGGAAGAGAUGCGAUGGAUACAAGAAGACUUACCCUACCGAUGCAUGCUCGCAGUGCCUUGUACACAACGUAGGGGUGGUUUGGCACUUCUUUGGAAGGAGGAGAUUAAGUUACACAUCCAAACCUACUCACCCCAUCACAUAGACGCUCUCAUACUCAAUGACGAACAACACCCGUGGAGGUUGAUGGGAUUCUAUAGUUGGCUGGAGGAGAGUAGGAAAAAGGAAUCAUGGCAGCUCCUAAAACAUCUCCACACUAGAUUAUCAGUCCCAUGGCUAUGUUGUGGUGAUUUUAAUGAGAUCUCAAACUCCAAUGAGAAGCAAGGCAGAUUACUGAAACAGCAGCAACCAAUGAUGGAGUUUCGCUCUACAUUACUCCAUUACGGGUUGGUGGACAUGGGAUUUCAAGGAAAUAUUUUCACAUGGAACAAUGGUCGCCUGGGGGAAGAGUUUGUACAAGAGCGUUUGGAUAGAGCAUGUGCAACCUUGGAAUGGAGAACUAUGUUUCCUCACGCUAAGGUAACUCAUCUCCAAUCUACAUACUCGGAUCAUAUUCCCAUCCUAAUAAAUCUGUCCAGGCCGAAUCAGCAGUGCAGGAAGAAGAAAAUUCCAAGGAGUUUUGAAGAAAAAUGGGUGCACCAACCGGGUUAUGAAGAGGUGAUCCGUGCAUCAUGGGAAUCUAAUAUUGGAGGACGUAGCCCUAUGUAUCGCUUGUUUGAGAAGAUCAAAAAAUGCAGGCAAGCACUAGUCACUUGGAGUAGCACCACUUUUGGGAAUUUUAAAACUCAAAUCCAGGAAAAGCAAAUGGCCUUAGAGGAGUUAGCCUUACAAAAUGACCUGGAAAAUCAGCCAUGA